AUGUCUUAUGUGGACACUCUGCGCGACUGGGACAAUGCUGCAACUUGUGCAGACAAAAAAGAUUUCUCAGAAGCACUCAGGAUCUUCUCGUCUAUCAAAGAGCCAAACUCCAAAAUUUGCUUUAACAUCGGCUGUCUCCAUCUCCUUAACCAAGACCUGGAUGAUGCAGGAAAGAUUUGUGGUUUACAGUAUGAUGCAAAAGUAAUUAAAUUAAUUAUUCCUGUUCAAAGGUACGAGGAGUGUUUAGCUGACUUCCAGCAGGCCCUCCAGGCUCUAAGAGGCAACCAGCUGAUAGAUUACAAAGCACUUGGUCUCAGAUACAAAUUAUAUGCAUGUGAUGUUCUCUACAAUGCUGCCCUGGCUGAGGCUCAGCUGGGUCAAUGGAAAAAAGCCCAUGAAAACCUUGUGGAGGCUCUCAACUACAAGACAGAGGUCAAGCUCAAUAUGAUUGACAAAGCUCUGAAUGCCACCCUGAAAGAGCAACUUUUCAAACUAGUUGAGUUCCCAACAAAUGUGCUAUUUAAACCAAAUAAACAGUGCGUUUCUCAGUUGGAGGAGAAGGACUACCUGGGCAAAGCGAAGGUUGUCGCCUCGCUUAUUCCUCAGGAUGAUUUCUCUGGAUUUGCCCCAUUACAACCACAGACCUGAUAGGUUGAAGUCGGUCCCACUGAUGGUCCAAAAGAACUCAACGUUCUGAGGUAAAACAGUCUGAAUCUUACAGACUGUUUUCACAACCCAUUGGCCAACUGGAGGGCCAGCUCUGUGCAAACAUGGCCACAAAAGGCUACAGCAAGCUAACCAACUGAAUAAUAUACCUACUCUCCAUCUAAAGAUUUGUAUUUGCCAUGUUUCUUAAUAAAUGUUGCAUAUUUUCUCUUUUCAUUUGCCUCAGUUGCAUCUCAUUUAGCUUCAUUGUCUGAUAAUGAAGCAGGGCCAUGUUUGCUUAGAUAGCAGCUAGCUUACUGUUAGCCAGACGAUUUACAGAUAUACAUAACUUUUUCUUAGAAAAUCAGAGUGAUUGUUUAUUUUAGCGUACAUGAAUGUUUUCAUUGUUGUGAAAUUCUUCAAUUAUAAUAGAAUAAAUGGUGUAUUAGAGUGCAUGCUAAUGUGAGAUUUAGUAUCAAUCACACAGGUGUAUUUUGCAGUAUCUACCAGAAGUUGUGUUUAACUAUUAGACAAGAAGACAGAAUAAAGAUCUUAUCGCAAAUUAAAAU